CGUGGCGCAACAUGUGCCGUCAGCUCCCCCAGUGUGGACUCUACAUAGCUGAGGUGAGGAUAACCCCUGAGGAGAGAGAGAGAGUGAGGUUUUUGGCGAGAGGAAUGGCUAUGGCGACUGCUGGAGCAGCAGCAUUCGCAGCGACUGGCCACAUCGUGGGAGGAGGAGCCACCUCCUCGUCCUCGUCUGCCGCCUCUGCUGCUCCAUGCCGAUCGUCCCUCUUCAAGGCAUUCGAUGCGAGGCUAGGAGCGUCCAAGAUUUCCCACCUCCGCCGCCCCGCCGCGCGGAUCCAACCUAGGAGAGCUUUCAGGAGCCUGGCUGCUAGCGCGAGCUUGGAUGUUCCAUUGGUGGGAAACAAGGCUCCGGAUUUCGAGGCCGAGUCGGUCUUCGAUCAGGAAUUCAUCAAGGUCAAGCUUUCGGACUACUUGGGCAAGAAGUACGUCGUUUUGUUCUUCUAUCCUUUGGACUUCACGUUCGUUUGCCCGACAGAAAUCACCGCUUUCAGCGAUCGUUACUCAGAAUUUGAGAAGAUCAACACGGAAGUGCUCGGAGUCUCUGUUGACAGUGUGUUUUCCCAUCUGGCUUGGGUUCAAACCGAGAGAAAGUCGGGCGGCCUAGGCGAUUUGCGCUAUCCCCUUGUUUCAGACAUCUCCAAGUCGAUCUCCAAGGCUUACAACGUACUCAUCCCCGAUCAGGGAAUUGCCCUCCGAGGCCUCUUCAUCAUUGACAAAGAAGGGAUCAUCCAACACGCUACCGUUAACAACCUUGCGAUUGGAAGGAGUGUAGACGAGACCUUGAGAACGCUUCAGGCGGUCCAAUUCGUCCAGGACAAUCCAGACGAGGUGUGCCCCGCCGGAUGGAAGCCUGGCGACAAGUCAAUGAAGCCCGAUCCAAAGUUGAGCAAGGACUACUUCGCUGCUAUAGCUUGAGCUCCCAUGAGGCUCAAAUAAACAGGUUUGUUUCGGUGGAAUGCUCCCAUGCAAGGAGAUCUCGAGAGGCAAAAAGGGAGUUUUUGGUUUCUACAUAUUUGCAAGCUUACAAGAUCACGAAGUUGAAUGCAGUGGAAGCGUCGUUUGCUCUA